UAUUAUUUGUUGCUGUUGUUGUUAUUGUUUAGUUCUCUGUAUAAAUACAUGAUCAACCUGUAAAUAUACCUAUACCAUCAAUUUGAAUUCUAUCUAUCUUAGUUUAUUUCCUAAAAGAAUCUAAUGUAUGAUGAUUGAAUUAGAAAGACGAAAACCUUUCACUGAUUUACAAAUUAAAAAUCGUUUAUCAAAAUUGCCGGUUUUUGAACAGUUUGAUUUCCUUCGUGGGUCUGAUAUUCUACUAGAAAAAGAAUCUGAAAUCACACUUUAUUUAUAUCGUAAGCUAAGAGGGGAUUUGGAUAGCCUUCUGGUAAAUAUUAAAAACGAAUUAUCUGCUGAUGUGGAAACUGAAGUUGUUGAGGAAAAACCGUUACCCUUCGACACCACAACGAAAAUUGGUAAAAAGUUAGCAGAUAUUGCUCAAGUGUUCAUUGGAAAUUUGAAACGAUCGAAAGAGACCAGUCCUGCUAUUGAAGAUCGUGUUAAAUCAACGACAGAAAAAAAAGAAUUAGGAAAGUCGACAAGAGAAGUAAAGCCUAUUCGAGACCAGAGGGCUACCAGAAUUAAAAAGUCUGGUAAAUUCGCAAAUUUAGUUAUCUCACUAAAAGAUACAAAACAACCUCCUGUUAUUCAAUCAAAACAAAUUCUUGAAUUGCCAGAACAUGAACAAGAUAGAAAAGCAAGAUCAUAUUUAAGAGAAAAAUUAUUUGAUGAUUUAGGUGAAGCAUCUAGAAGAGAACAAGAAAUUCUUUUAGAAAAAAUGAAAUUACAAGCAAUGAGAUUCACAUCGGAAUCAGCUAGGCAACAAGAUAAAAUUGAUGAAAAGAUAACUGAAGCUAAAGGUCGUAAAAAAAUAAAAAAAGAAGAAUCUACCGAUGUGGUUGUUAGUCAACUAUUAGAUAAAAGUCAUCAAUUAAAUGAAAUGUAUCAAAAAGAUCGUCAAGAACAUGAAACAGCUUUAGCUGAACGUUUACAACAAAAACAAUUAAAGUCAGAUGAGAAACAAUCAAGUAACAUUGAUAAUGAUAAAAUAGAAGAAAAUCAAUCAAAACCAUCAGAUAGUAAACGUUCCAAAUUGAAACAACGUCCUUUACCACGUCUUUAAACGUCGACCAAUCGUGAGGAAGGUAGCAAUAAAGAAAAAUUGAAGAUCAUUCAACCAGAGAAUAACAAUGACCAGUGGUCUUGAAAUAAAAGACAAUGUUCAGUUAUAACUUGAUCUUUGAAUUAACCAUAUAUUUUACAUAUUUAUUGAAUAUCAUCGUUUUAUUCUUAU